AUGGGAUUUAUUCAUCCAGUGCAAGAUUUUGUUGUUGACAGUACCAACAAACAAGUCUAUACCGUAAUCAAGAACACAAUAGUGGUAUACCGUUGUAUAAAUAAUGAAUAUAAGCAAGUAGGUAAGUGGGUUGACAAUUUUCUAGCAGAACAAGCAAAAAAGGUUAACUUCAAGAAUAAAAAGAUUAAAACUAAUUCUGGUGAAUCAGUAGCAUCUACUACGAGUACUACUACUGUUACUAAACCACAACUUGAUAAAGAAGUCCCAAUAUCUGAGUCUUUUUCAUUGAAUGCUAAUGUAAGAAAGUUGAAGAUUUUUAAUAAGGGGAAAUCACUUGUUGCAUGUACCGAUUCAAAUAAGGGUAUUGUUAUAUUAGAUGUCAAUUUAUCUUCUAAUUCAAAUGAGAAUUGUUUAUCUGUUAGAAAGAGAGAAACUUUUGCUAAGAGACCAAAUGCAAUUACUUUGACCAAUGAUGAAAAUAUUCUUUUAGUGGCUGAUAAAUUUGGCGAUGUUUAUUCUAUAGAUGUUAAAAAUGAUGAACCAUACAAUGAAGAAGUUCAAGGCGAAAGAAGACCACUAUUGGGUCAGGUGUCAAUGUUAACUGAUAUCUUAUUGAAGCAUAAUAUUCAUAACGGCAAAGAUUAUGUAAUUGUUACCGAUCGUGAUGAGCAUAUCGAAAUUGUCAAUUAUCCAAAGACAUAUGUUAUCAACAAUUGGUUAUUUGGUCAUAAAGAAUUUAUCAGUAGUAUAAUAUCACCCAAUUGGAGGUCCGAAUGGUUAUUAAGUGCAGGUGGUGAUGAUUGUGUCUUUUUAUGGAAUUGGGAGACUGGAAAGCUUAUAUCUACAUAUAAUUAUGCAAAGGAUAUUAAGCUACAUUUGACUGAUUCUCAUUUAGCAGAAGUCAGAUUUCAAAACGAGGAGAACUCUAUUAUUGAAUAUUGUGUCGCUAAAUUGGCCUCCUUAAGCACUUUGUCGUACGUUGCCUUCUAUGUGGAAGCUACUAAGCUUUUAUUUAUUUUAAAUGUCGAUCCAAAUGAAGGUAUCCUAUCCUUAAAACAGACUUUAGAAUUGCCUGCUAAUAUUAUUUCUCUAUCAAGUGAUGAAGAGGAUCAUUUUGUGGUCUCUUUAGAUAACCAUGAGUGUGGAAACAAAAAUUUUGUUAAAAUAAUCAAAUUUGAUGAUUCAAUUGAUUCAUUCGUUGUCGAUGAAUCUUUUUCUGCAAAAUUAGAUAAUGUUAUCACAAAAACGUUAUAUGACGAUUCUAAUCUAUUGGUUGAUUGUAUUAAAGGUAUACAUCCACUUUACACGAUUAUCAAUUUAAAAAAGCAUGGUGAACACUAUUCCUAA